UGUUGAGAUGGCCCUUGCUACUGAGACCGUUGCGGCCACCUCAGCUUAUGCUCGUCAGGGUAGGGGACACCGGGCCAGGGGGGGGGGUGGGGGGCAUGGCAGCGGGAGGGGUGGUGGGGGUGGCGGAGGAGGCGGAGGUGGCGACGGUGGUGGAGGGGACGGUGGUGUAGACGAGGGGACCGGGGCUAAUGCCCCGGUGCAGCAGCAGGAGCAACAGCAGCAGUAGCCCCAGCAGCAGCAGCACUUGCAGCAGCU